GUCCACUGAGGCAGACCCUCAACCGCGAAGCGAGUGGGUUCGUCCUUGUUAACUGGAAAUAGCUGAGGGAUUGAGAUCAAGGAUUUUAAUCUACAAUUCGAUCGUUUGUAAUUUUAGUAACGGUUGAUCUAUAUCAAGGUCACCAAUCAAACACCUCUCCCUUGGUGUAUGCCUAAAUUUGGACAAUGCGGGUAACUGGUCGAGGAAGACAAUUGUAAAUAUAAUCACCUUCUUGCUAGCAGGUGCUUUCUGUUGAAGAUGUCAAGUUACUCACGGCUUUUGACAGAUAUUGUACGUUUGCUGGACCAGUUUGAUUCUCAAAAUAACAACGCUGAUCACUUUGUAAGCGAAGCAGCUAAAAACUAUAAGGGACAAGAUGAAGUUGAGCAGAUGUUCCUGGUGGAAGUCCUGUCAGGCUGUUUAUAUUACAGGCCACUGCUUGAUGUGGUAGUGAAUGGAUUUUAUGUCCGAGAUGGAAAGAACUUCCUGUGGUUGGAGUGCAAUCUGUAUAUGGUUAUAUGCUACCUUGCUACUUUUCGGCUAAAGGAAUUGGGCCUGAAACACUUCAGCAAAUUUAUCAAUUCCCAGGAUGUGAACAAAAUGCAUAAAUUUCUUAAAUUCUUCUUUGAUGCUGGGAACCUCAACACAUGGAUUAAGGAUGAGUGGUGCCAAAUAUAUGAUGUAGCAUAUGUGACAGAGAAACUGAUUGAUCCUCUGCUGAGAUGGCAGCCAGAUAUUCAGAACAUCAUCAACCACUUGUCCAAUAUACGAGCUAAUAAAGUUGUCCAUAAGAAGGAGAGUCAGCCUGUAACAGUACCGAAUGAGUUUAACAUCACCAAGCCUAAACCACGAGCCAUUCCAAUGCCUGAAGAAAUUCCGCAGCUGCAAGUACAGAGAAAGAUUCCCAGAAGCACCUAUGAUCCUCCGAAAGAGGAGAAGCUGCUGGAAAAACUCAAGAAGAAAAAUCGCCAAAGAGCCGAGGAACACUUCAUGGAAGCCAACACUGACCAGUUCCGAUGUGCCAUCCCACAGGAAUCCAGCUAUAAAAGGCGAGUUUUGUCUGAAAUUAUGAAGGAGAAGGAGGCCAAGAUAAAACCAACUCUUUCAAAAGCACGGCAAGUCCCCCGACAGAUAACUGAAAAUAUUCCAAUAAAAAUGAACACAGCUGCCAUCCUGCGGGAGAAUGCCCUUUACCAACGGAAAGUGAAAGAAGAUCUUCAAAGAAUUGAUUAUAUACUAGAAGGGGGCCAUGAUCCUGCCAAGUUUAAGGAAUAUCAGAAGCAAAAGGAUGAGGAAUUUAUGGAGCAACAGCUGGCAGAUGGAGAACAUCGUCGCCUUGAAGAAAAGAUCUUCUUCGAAGAGUCGAUACUGGCACGGGAAGUGAGAACUGAGGAGAAAAGACGGAAAGCGGCUCAGCAGAAAGAGGAGGCAGCAGAAUUGAUGCAGAGAUACAAAGAAAUGCGACAACAGGAAGAGAAGGAGAUGAAAGUGAAGGUGGAGCAGGUGUUAAAAGGGCACAAAGACAUGAAGGAACAAAAAAGGAAAAUUCAGGAAUGCAAACAGAAGAUGGCUAAGGAAAUGAAUAAGGAAAUGGAAGAAAUACUUCAGCAGGUCAUGGAGGAGACUAAUGCAGAAAUUAGGAAAAAAACGCAGCAGAUCCGUGAAAUCCGGGCAAGGCAAGCAGCAUCAACAAUUAAACAAAACUUCCUCGACUUAUCCAAACCAGCUGGUCAUGGCCUUUUGGAUGAGAUGUCAUUAUUGGAGUUACGAGAACGCUUGGGCUUAUUGAAGGAGGCACAAAUUAAGGAAGAGGAAGAUAAGCGGGACCGAAUUCUAAAUGAAAAGCAAGCAAAGGAGCGGCUCCUUUUGGAGAAAUUGGAACAGAUCUCCUUGAACAGAGAAGCCAUGAGCAAAAAAGCAGUUCUCAGGCACAGAGAGGAGGAAUUGAAAAAAGAUAAGUUGUCCAAGCUCUUGUCAAACAACCAGCAAUUAGCUGAGCUUCAGAAUAAACUGGAAGAAAAGAAAAAGGAACAUCAUCAAUUGAUAAAAAUGCAAAAGAAGAACACUCAAGAAAAUCUGCAAAGAGUUCAAGGCUCCAGGGCUGCAGAGAGGAAAGCAACGGAAGAACGUUGGUGGCGGAACCUGGAGGAGAGCCGGGAACACAAGGUCCAGCUGCUUAAACUUCGAACUGAACUGAGUCAGAAAGCAUCCUAGCAACGCGGUGGUGUGUGGAGUGAGAAAGCAGAAGACAUUGACCUCAAAAAGUCAGGCACUGAAAACUAACUCUGACAGUACUUUUAAAGAAGCAAUGCUACUUUAAGAAUCCCAAGAAAUAAUGAUAUUCCCAUUAAAAGUAAUUAUGGUUUCUAAAAAUGUGUAUCUUUCUCUAAUGUUUUCUCAAAAAAAUUGGAAGCAUGACCAAGUCAUUGUUUUCUCUUGGUCUGGGCAUUAUUGAAAUUAAGUAAUGAUAGUUUAGUUGUACCAAGAUUUGAUUAGACAUCCAACAGCAUUCAUUCCAACUCAAAUCAGAAGCCUAAUUUUAAUUGAAUUGCCAGUACAUUUACCCAGAGACUUAAAGUCAGACCCUUUGUCAGCAACUUCCGAAUUCAUUAGGCUUAACUGUUUUCCUGGGAUGUGUUCACUAUCUUACACUAACCAGAUUUUUUUUUGCAGAAAGAUCUUAACCCCCCCAGGUUCCAUGAACAUCAAAACAUUCUCGUCACUUCUGACCUUAUUUUAUUUUAUUUGCACAAAAGCAGGAAGAAAUGUGUUGUGUGCCCACCAACCCCACCUCAUCAUCCCCCAUCUUGUUCUAUUUGCAUAAAAACAGGAAGAAAGUCUUGUGUGCCACCA